AUGUGGAACGAGUCGUGCGGGGAGCAGCUGCAGGACUUCGGCCGCCCGGAGAAGAUCAUCAUCGGGGUGAUGUUGGCGAUUAUCACGGCGGUCACCGUGAUGGGAAACACGCUGGUGGUGAUCGCGGUGUGCGUGGUGAAGAAACUCAGACAGCCUUCAAACUACCUUCUGGUAUCUUUAGCGGUGGCGGACCUGUCAGUGGCCAUAGUUGUGAUGCCGUUUGUAAUAGUGACAGACCUCACCGGGGGCAAGUGGCUUUUUGGGGAGGUGUUCUGCAACAUCUUCAUCGGCAUGGAUGUAAUGUGCUGCACUGCCUCCAUCAUGACUCUGUGUGUGAUCAGCGUGGACAGGUAUCUGGGGAUUACACGGCCUCUCACCUACCCAGCACGGCAGAAUGGUCAGCUGAUGGCAAAGAUGAUCCUGGGAGUGUGGCUGGUGUCAGCAUCCAUCACCCUGCCACCUUUCUGUGGCUGGGCCAAAAACGUCCACACAGCCGGUGUGUGCCUCAUUAGCCAAGAUUUUGGCUACACCAUCUAUUCCACAGCUGUAGCCUUUUACAUCCCAAUGCUGGUCAUGCUGGUCAUGUACUACAAGAUCUUCAGGGCAGCUCGCAAGAGCGGCGCCAAGCACCGCUUCACCGACCUUUCGCGCCGGGAGCGUCUUGAAACGGUGGCUAAUGAGGCGCUGAGAAUGCAGGGCCUGAAGCCACCUGGUGUGGCAGAGGAGUGUGCCGCUUUGUCCCGCCUGCUGAACCGUGAGCGCAGAAACAUCUCCAUCUUCAAGAGGGAGCAGAAAGCAGCCACGACACUCGGGGUGAUUGUGGGGGUCUUCGCUGUGUGCUGGUUGCCAUUCUUCAUCCUGUCCACUGCCAGGCCCUUUAUCUGCGGAGUGGAGUGUAGCUGCGUGCCCAUUUGGCUGGAGCGCACACUACUCUGGCUAGGCUACGCCAACUCCCUAAUGAACCCCUUCAUCUACGCCUUCUUCAAUCGCGACCUGCGCUCCACAUAUCGCGACCUUCUCCGCUGCCGUUAUCGCAACAUCAACCGCCGGCUGUCUGCCGUGGGCGUACAUGAGGCUCUCAAGGUGUAAAGCGUGGUUGUUUAGCAGCAUAUAUUGUGGGGUUUGGUGGCCCUGUGCUUGUACGCUUGGUGCUCAAAGGGCGACAUGUACACAGGAGGCCUGUAGAUAAGAUGCAGACUGACAGAAUGGGAGUCUCUUUUGGUGGCUCUGUGGCCCCUCCGCAAAGGCAGAGAGACGGCACCAUCACUUCAGUGUGUGUGUGUGUGACUCAGUCAUUCUAUUUUUGGAAAGAAAAUCAUAGAGCGUACUUGAUGGACUAUUCAAGUCGACACUGCUUUUGUGCAUAUGCCACAAUUUUGUCCUGGCUCCGGAUUUAUGGUGGGAUAAUGCAGUGACAAAGGAAAUGACAUGUAAACACGAUCAAUCACCCGAGGGCUUUCAAAGAGAACAGAAAGCAAAGAGAUUUCUGUAUAUUACCAAAAUUGAUGUUUGAUAAGGAAAAACAUUUGUUUUGUGGCACAGUGUCUUCUGAGCAUCUUCAUCUUGACACGUGUUUGAGCACAUCCCAGAUUCUUGUUUCAAACAGGAGAACAGUUUGAGAUGCAUUGUGCUUGGUGCCAGGAUUACAUAUUAUUUCUAUCACUUUAUCACUAGUUAUUAGUGCUUUCAAUUUGGUCCUCUCACUAAAUUUAACAGGAGCACCUUAGAUGUUUAACAAAUGUUUAAAAUUGAAUGAUCCCAAAAGGAACAGAGAUGAGUGGAAAAGAGUGUUUAAACGCAACAUGAUGGGAACCUUUAUCCACUCAUGAUAUCUCAAUGUUUGUUAUUAUAAAAGAGUUUGUUUAGUGUCUGCAUGAAACAUAUAUGUCUAACAUGCCACUGUAUUCAUAAAUCAAAAGAGAACUUGGCUAGUGACAGUUUGGCAGAGGUGUGUUCAUGGUUUACCCCAACACUGAAUCGCACAACUUGAAUUCAACUCAUUACUGUAUGUGUCAGAAACCAUGAUACUGUGGACUUUUUCCACUCUCAAUAUUUUGCCUUGAUCGGUUUCAUUCCACAUUUGACU